AUGCCCCUUAGCUCUUUCAGUGAAGGCGGUUUGAUUUUAGGCCGGCAGCGGGAAGCUGGCCUCACCGGAUCAGGGCCCUCGCUGCAGCCCGGCCUGUUUACCAAAACAAAGAGCCAGACCUGCUGGGGGAGAUCGCGCUCAUUUUUAAAUAUAACCCCAUCCCAACGCCCACGGAGAAAGAGGCCCAGGCCGCACCCCACAGCAGCCGCUCUCUGCCCGGGGCCGGACAUAGAACAUAGAACACCGCUCCACUCACAACAAACAGACAACAACACCCCCUCUCCUCCGAACAAGUGCAACCGCGCCGCCACUUCCCCCUGGAAAACCCGAGGCUCCGCCGCUCCGUUCCACCUGAGUUUUGCACAUAAAGAAAGAGGCAGGGAAGAGAGCAAGGAGGAGGGAAUCGGGACGCCUUGGCCCAGGCCAGGCUCGCUACUAGAGCCGGCGGUGGCGUUCGCUGAGGCCGGAGGGGAUGGGGCGGCUGGCGAGUCAGAGCUGGGGCCGUCACCUUUUACUUUCAAGUCCAGGAGGAUCUUCCUGCAGAAAGAGGACGAAUUUUUCGAGGAUGGCGAUAUCCAUAGACAUUUAUAUCUGCAAAAUUCUAUAACCAGUGUGGGAGAAGCAGAAAGACCCAAGGUUUCUGAAUUCUGUUGCCAAAUAGCAGGUUGUAGUCAACUGUUUGAUGCCUUAGAAAACUACGAACAUCAUUAUAAUACAUUUCACCGCAAUGUCUGUUCCUCCUGCAAGCGCUCUUUUCCUUCCAGUCAUCUGCUAGAUAUUCACAUCCUGGAAUGGCACGACUCAUUUUUCCAAAUUUUGGCAGUGAAACAGAACAUGUAUGUGUGUUUGGUAGAGAGUUGUAAAGAAAAAUUCAAGGCUUCUAGUGACCGGAAAAAGCAUUUGAUCGAAGUUCAUGGUUAUCCAUCUGAUUUCAGAUUCAACAAACCAAAGAAACCUAAAUGCAAUCAAAAGAAUCAGAGUUCACAUGACAUAGAAAUGGAAACUUCCAGUUGUCAAAAAGAAGCAAAUGAUAUUUUCAGCAGAACAUCCACUGAAUCAAUGGACUAUGCACCUGCACAAACAAUGGAAGCUGACAGUCCCUCAUUGUCAGAAGAGAAAUCCAGUAUUCCUACAGUGCAGCAAAGGCUGUCCUUCUCAUGCAGGGUACCAGCAACAAUUUGUUUUGGCCAUGGAUCAGUGCGCGGCUUUAAAAACGCAAGGAAAAAGAAGUGAUCUGUAUUUCGAAUUAACUAGUCAGUGGAGAGUACAACUUUUGUACUGUAAAAGAUUUCAGUUCUAAAUAUGAACUUGGAUGAACAUUUUGUCACAUUUCUCCUUAUGGAUUUGAAGAAUCUCAGCCUCUGGGAGGCAGUCUGAUAAAAUUAUUGGUCACUGGUCGCAGGUGUUUUCUUUUAAAUGGUUCUUCGAAAACACGUAUUUAUUAAUUACUACCAAAAUAAAUGCAUUUUGUUUCCA